AUGCGGCAUUCCUUCACUCUAGGACUCGGACUCUUCACUGCGGCUCUCGUAGCAGGCGAAGCAUAUACUCCGAAGCAUGAAGCUGGAAGAUGUUCGAUAAGGGGUAGCUGUGGGAAGGAUAGCUUCUUUGGGCCCGAGCUUCCUUGUCCGGAUAACGGGCUUGCGAAGGAACCGGAUCAUGAUGCGAGGAAACAACUAGUCGAGCUAUGCGGUCCUAAAUGGAGUACAGGGCCUGUGUGUUGUGAGGUUAAUCAGAUAGAUGCUCUCGCCGAUCAGAUCAAGAAGGCGAAUCCGAUUAUAUCCUCAUGUCCGGCAUGCAAAGAGAACUUCUAUAACCUCUUCUGUACUUUUACAUGCUCGCCAGAUCAAUCCUUAUUCUUGAAUGUAACCGAGACAAAGCAGAAGGGCGAUAAAUCCAUCGUUACGGAGUUAGAUCAACUCAUAUCUGAUGAAUAUGGGGCGGGUUUUUUUGAUAGCUGUAAGGAUGUCAAAUUUGGACCGACGAAUUCAAAUGCGAUGGGUUUCAUAGGAGGAGGAGCCAAGAAUUACUCUUCGUUCUUAGCUUUCCUGGGACAUAAAUCGUUGCUAGGUUCGCCAUUCCAGAUCAACUUCCCGAAGCCUAGCGAAUAUCCGGAGAAAGGAAUGGACCCAUUACCUAUGGUCCCGAAGAAGUGUAAUGAUGAGGACGAGAACUUCCGCUGUUCUUGUGUGGAUUGUCCUGCAGUCUGUCCAGCUUUGCCGGAAGUUUCAAAGUCUGGCUCAUGUCACGUUGGACUACUGCCGUGCCUUUCUUUCGCGGCUAUCUUUACCUACAGUAUGGUAUUACUGUUGAUUGCUGUGGCUAUCUUCGGUCACAUCGCUUGGGCCAAACAUACCAAAAGGCGUAAUGAAAGAUUACGACUUCUGGAAGAUGUCGCUACAAGCGAUGACGAUGAUGAAGAGGAUAUGCUCGAUAGUGGAGUCAUGUAUGAUCGACCUCAAAGGAGUUACUGGAUCAAUACAGUAUGUGACAGGGCUUUCAACCGUCUUGGAUACACAGCUGCGAGAUUCCCAGCUAUCACUAUUGUAACAAGCAUUGUGGUAGUGGGAUUCUUGAGUUUGGGCUGGACCAAAUUUGAGAUUGAACAGAAUCCAGCACGGCUAUGGGUCAGCUCAUCGUCUUCUGCUGCACAAGAGAAAGCUUAUUUUGAUUCGAACUUUGGUCCCUUUUAUCGUGCCGAGCAAGUAUUCUUGGUCAACGAUACAAACCCAUCAGGUCCCGGUCCUGUUAUGAGCUAUGAUACGUUGAAAUGGUGGCUUGAAGCUGAAGAUCAAAUCAGAGGGUUGACCGGAACGCAAACCGGUACUACAUUCGACGAUAUAUGUUUGAAGCCCACUGGCGAUGCUUGUGUCGUACAAUCCGUAGGAGGUUACUUGAACGAUGAUAUCUCCAGUGUAAGUCCUGAUACAUGGGAGCAGACUAUUCGCUCAUGUGCCGAAUCACCUGUGAACUGUCGUCCUGCUUUUGGUCAACCACUUGAUCCUAAGAUGAUCUUUGGUGGUUGGCAAGAAUCCGGCGAUGUCAUUGAUGCUACAGCCUUGAUUAUCACAUGGGUAGUGAAUAAUGAUGAUGAGGGAUCAACUCAAGUCGAACAUGCUAUGGACUGGGAAGCUUCCCUUCGAGAUAAAUUGUUACGUUUGCAAAAGGAAGCAAGUGAGCGUGGCCUGAGACUUUCAUUUUCGACCGAGAUAAGUCUCGAGCAAGAACUCAACAAAUCUACCAAUACCGAUGCAAAGAUUGUCGUGAUCAGUUACAUUAUCAUGUUCUUAUAUGCAUCUUUAGCCCUCGGCUCAACCACCAUCUCGUUCCAAACAUUGAUACGCAACCCAGCUAGCUGUCUAGUUCAAUCUAAAUUCUCGCUAGGAGUUGUGGGAAUCCUUAUUGUACUGAUGUCUAUCUCGGCUUCAAUUGGUCUAUUCUCCUUUGCAGGUAUUAAGGUUACGCUCAUCAUCGCUGAGGUCAUCCCUUUCAUAGUUCUUGCCGUUGGUGUUGAUAACAUCUUCCUGAUUGUGCACGAAUUUGAAAGAAUCAACACUAGCCAUCCCGACGAAAUGGUCGAGAUCCGUAUUGCCAAAGCACUCGGACGAAUGGGUCCAUCAAUUUUGCUGUCAGCAUCAACUGAGACUAUUGCAUUUUCACUUGGUGCUUUCGUUGGCAUGCCAGCAGUUCGAAACUUCGCAAUAUAUGCCGCUGGUGCAGUAUUCAUCAAUGCUGUUUUGCAGAUCACCAUGUUCGUCUCCAUUCUCAGUCUCAACCAACGACGUGUUGAGGAUCGUCGUGUAGAUUGCAUUCCUUGCGUUAAAAUCAAAACUGCAGGAGUUCAUCUUGGAAAUGGGAACGGAAGUUCUCACUCCAGAUUCUAUGAAGGGUCUGAUGAAGGUUUCCUUCAGAAGUUCAUUCGCAAAACGUAUGCUCCAGCUUUACUUGGCCGUAAAGUAAAGACUGCCAUUGUAGUUGUCUUCCUUGGAAUAUUUGCUGCUGCGAUUGCAUUGAUUCCCGAAGUUGCUUUGGGUUUGGAUCAACGUGUGGCAAUUCCAGAUGGCUCAUAUCUCAUCCCAUACUUCAACGACUUAUACGACUACUUUGACUCGGGACCACCAGUGUAUUUCGUCACUCGGGAGUUGAAUAUCACCGAACGUAAGCAUCAACAACAGCUAUGUUCUCGAUUUACAACAUGCGAAACAGAAUCUCUCACCAAUAUUUUGGAGUCGGAAAGAAAGAGACCUGAGGUCUCUUAUCUGGCCGCUACUCCUGCUAGCUGGAUUGACGAUUAUUUCCGUUGGCUUGACCCAUCAUUGGAUUCUUGCUGUGUUGAAGGUGGCUCGGCUUGCUUUGAAAAUCGUGACCCAGCAUGGAAUAUCACACUACACGGUAUGCCUGAGGGGCAAGAAUUCAUACAUUAUCUAGAGAAAUGGAUUGCCUCUCCAACGGACGAUGACUGCCCUCUUGGUGGUCAAGCUGCGUAUGGAAAUGCUCUCGUCAUUGAUGCUGAAAGAAAUACCAUUCCCGCCAGUCACUUCCGCACCAGUCACACCCCACUUCACAGCCAAGAAGAUUUCAUCGCCGCCUAUGCCUCCGCACGCCGAAUCGCAGAUGGCAUGAGUGAGAAGUCUGGUCUCGAAGUAUUCCCCUACAGUGUAUACUACAUUUUCUUCGACCAAUACACCUCCAUCAUAAGUCUUACCGUCACUCUCCUCUGUUCCGCUCUCAUCCUCAUUCUAUUCAUCUCCUCCAUUCUUCUCGGAUCCCUCAAGACCGGCGCAGUUGUAACCGUCACAGUCAUCAUGAUCGUCACCGAUAUCAUCGGCACAAUGGCCGUCUUCAACGUUUCCCUAAACGCAGUCAGUCUCGUCAACCUCAUCAUCUGCAUAGGAAUCGGCGUCGAAUUCUGCGCCCACAUCGCCCGAGCCUUCAUGUUCCCCUCGCGCUCCGUCAUGGAUCGCGCUAAAAACAAGUUCCAAAAUCGCGACGCACGUGCUUGGACUGCAUUAGUCAACGUAGGCGCUUCGGUAUUUAGCGGCAUCACGAUUACGAAAUUGGUGGGGGUGAGCGUGUUGGCGUUUACGAGGAGUAAAAUCUUUGAGAUUUAUUACUUUAGAAUUUGGUUGGCGCUGGUGGUUUUUGCGGCGACUCAUGCACUGGUUUUCUUGCCGGUGGCGUUGAGUUUGUGUGGUGGAGAGGGAUAUAGGGAUGGUGAGAGUGAGGGGGGUUUGGAGGAGGAUUUGGCGGAUAGAAGGUACAGGGCGCUAUUGCCGGAUGAGGAGAGUGAUGAUGAGUAUUAG